UCGGUGACGUCAUCCCGACAGUGAGAAUGUAAUACGUUAAGUGAAAUGCUCUUUACAGGAAAUUGAUAAAAAUGCAAGGAACUUUACAAACAAUUCUGACCCCCCCAUUGCAGUGAAAUAACGAAUACUCAAUUUUCAGCAAACAUCUCAAACGAGUUUUGAGCAAAAUCAACCAAGAAGCACUUUAAUACUUGCAGUGAGCCAGUUUGGUAUUCCAACAGCGCAUGCCCAAAACGAAGUGCGUCCAGGGUCAUUCAAACACACGUGUGAAUCCUAUUAGCACUGCCCAACACAGACUCGUGCACGUACUUUGUUCCUGGAUGACCUUGCUUUUUGGAAAUACCAAACUGGCUCACACUAAUUUUUAAGAAAAUAUCUUCUUAAAAGGCUACCAGUAUCAUAUCAUAAAGUAACAAUUUCACAUUUUACCUCACUGUCGAUGUCCGCCACAAAAUCAUGAUUACAGAAAGCAGUGCAAAUGUGAGAAAUGAAGAUUGCCAAAGCUGUAAUUUUAGAAAGUUUCCUAUGAUAAUAAAGGCAACGUCAGAUGAUGACACCCCUACUGCAGGCUACCUCUACCAAGAAAUAGCAGAUCUUACGUAUGUCUCCAGCAACUACUGCAAGUCACUGCUUGACAUUCUUGUGGACAGACUGGACAAACCAUCUCACCACAUCAAGUUCAAGGUGUUAAGAGUGAUGAAGUAUGUUAUUGAAAAUGGCAGUGAGGAGUUCCACAGUGGUUUAUUGCGGCGGUCCACUGGAAUUCAGCUUGCCACUCAAUUCAGUGGACCACCUGAUCCCCUCCAUGGCAAUGCUCCAUAUAUUGCAGUCCGGUCUGCUGCAAAGGAGCUCUCAGAGGUUUUGUUUGACACAGAAAGAUCCAGAAACAAAGAACCAAAUCAGAACAAGGAGACAGCAAGGACCAGAGGAUUAGGAACAAGUCAAAGUGGGAGCAGCAUGGAAGGGUUUGGCAACAGGGGGGUGUCAGUACACAAAGAAAAAUCAUUGGGUGACACCAUUAAAGAGGGCUUCCGACAGCUCACCGACUCUUUCCGGGAACCAUCGUUAACGGUAAUCCACAGCCAGCCACAAAGUGACUACAGGCCCCUGGGAGGUCCUGAGUCAGACCGCUCUGCCCAGACCCCGUUCUUAUUCCCUUCCGGAAGGCCAAAGACUUCGAUGGGGGCGGAGCCUCUGGAUGGGCGAGGGGAGUACAAGCCAGUGGUGAUUGAUGACGGGGAAGGGUCAAGGAUCCGAAGCUGCCCACCGGGCAAUAGGGACGUGAGGCGGCUCACUUCGGUGCACAAGCAAGGAAGACCAGCAGGGGGCUGGGAGGACAGUUUCGGAGGGCGUGGCAGCAAUACAUCGAACAGCGAUGGACAAAACAGUGGAGACAGCACUGAUCUCUCUGAGAGGUUAGCAUCAGUGUCUGUGGAGGAUGUCUCCAUGGAAACCAAACUGGUGGAGGACUUUGUGUGUGCUACCGAUGACAAACCAACACCUUCGAGGGACGUACUGGCACAGUUUGUCAAACGCUGUGCCACUCUUAAUUGUGAGAAGGUAACAGAGUUGUUAGGUGUGGAACUUCAAUCCACUUCAGCUCUUGUCCAAAUGAGAUGUCUUUAUGCCCUGGAAGCCCUGAUACGGGAAGACAUAGCAUCAGCUGAGCAUCUUUCCUGUUUCAUCCCAACUUCCCUUAAGAAGGUACAGGCUGAAGCAACAGACAGGCUUCUACAGGCUAAGGCAUCCAAGAUUUUAAGGCAACUGGAAAGACUUCAAGAAGAGGCCACUGCAACUAAGUUUUCUAAGGUUCAAGGAAACUCUACAACUCAUUCAAACCAAGACUCAAUUCUCAGUGUACUGCAAACAGGCAUCUCAAAUAGCCCACCAACAAGAGGAACAGAACGUCGACAAAUGCCCAUCUCAAAUACCGAGGGAUUGUGGGCAACUCAAAAAGAUAAUUCAUCGCCAUUGAAUGUAGUGGAGAGCACCUCUAGUGUUUCCAAAGGCUCCGUGCAAAGUUCCAGGUCACUCUUUGCUGGCAUGGACGUGGGGUCAGCAUUGCUAAAGAAAGAGCCCGAAGUGCAGGGUGUUGUUCAAGCGGACAAGAAAUCUGGACACAGGUGGCACAAAGAUGGAGAUAACAAGAGCAGGUGCAUUCAGAAGGGAGAUGCCCAACUUCUUGAUGACUUGCUUGACUUGUCGUCUACCAACCAGCCUACGCUGGUUCCUGAACCAGGGAUGAGUGUAACGAGGGUUCUCAGGACAAAUCUUAACCAAUCUAGGGAACUUUCUGAUUCAGUUCUUUAUAUUAAUAGCAAAACUGAAGACCAGAUGAAAAAAAACAAUGGAAAAGGAGCUGCCAAUACUGAGGAUGGAAGAACAUCAUCAACAGAAUCCAAACAGGAUAUCCAGCCCAAAGUAGCUACAGGUACAUGUAGCAAGCUUGAAGGCACAAAUGUAACGACAAUGCCAAACCAGCCAGAUUCCAUAAUGUCUCGUAAUGCCAACUUUCAGGACCUCAUCGCCGCAACUGGGAUUACGGUAACCAGUGGAAACGUCAACAGAAUAACUCCUGUUGUGGAAUCACCAAAUAGUCAGCCUUCCCAACCCCAACCAGGGCAUUCACAGACAGCUGCUCUUAAUGCCGACCAGAUUUCCACGUUGUACCCCCAGCUGGCUGGUGUGGUGUUGAGUGGCUCAUCGGCUGUCCCUCUAAAACUCAGCCGGAGGCCACCAGAAGGAAAUUUUGCCUUUGUUUCUUCAAGAGACGAUGGAAAGGAUAACUCUCAAAGACCCAGUAGCUUUAAUUUCGUAAAAGACGCCAUGCUGGCCAGCAAGAAAUGAAUCAGUGCUAAUGAACAAGUGCCAUGUCUUGCCGAUGUAAUAUUUAUCUCUGUGCAGUUAGUUAUCGUUUGAAAUGAUGUUUAUCAUUUUGGAUUUUUUGUGGUUACAGAUUAUUUUCUCAACAGUCCUGUCAAGUGAAAUGUGAACGCCAACUUGAACAAGGACCCAAAGCAUCACGAGUACUCUAGCUGUGUGUUCUCAGAAACAACUGUUACAUGAUCAUGACUCCCAGGCAACAACAGACGUUUGAACCUCUUUUUACCAAAAUGCGAACAGCUGCCCCUCACGUUGUCUUUGUCAUCUUGCCGCUCGAGUUUACACACAUUUGAUUGGAUUCAACUUUAAUCUUUACCCACAACCCCCUGGUUUGAUACUGCAUGGCUCGGCCUUCAGUCUCCCAUCAAAGGCUUGUUUCGUACUCACAGGCUUGUGCUUAGAUUGUAUCCAUCUUGGACUUGGGUGCGAUUAGCCCAGAUUCCGACUUGCUACAUUACAUGCUUUUUAUUUUGAAUACAAGCGGAGGCAUUA